CUCAGAGCCACAUUUUCUGAGGGUAUACUGGGUGGCGUGCGCUCCCUCGACUUGGUAUAUCGGAUGAAGAGCCUGAGGAUUGCAGAGGGUUUGGGCAGCGCUGGCUGGCGGCAUUGUGAAACUUCCAGGCUUAGCAGAUCAACCAUUACCAGGCCAUCGGAAUCCAAGAGGUCCACCACAACUUACACGCCAGUCCAGGCUAAAGCAGCACAGCUACACGGUGAAACACGGCGGUGGAAUUUCAACGAGAUGCAGAACCUGAAGAAGAAGACAGUGGGAGCCUCGGUUGAUGAGGAGCACAAGCCCACAGAGAUCUUCAUCAUGCUUCCCCUGGACAUCAUUGCUGUGGGCGAGCUUGAGGAAGGGAAGGAGACUUCGUUCAUUCAUGCCCCCUCCCACAAUGCCAAGCUGCUGGACAGACAGUUCGCCACCCUGAAGGAAGCCGGUGCCCACGGCGUCAUGCUGGAUGUCUGGUGGGGUAUCUGCGAGAGGCACGGCCCAAAGCAGUAUGACUUUGGCGCGUACAUGGAGCUGUUCAAAAAAGCGCGCAAGCACGGGCUGAAGGUGCAGGCGGUGAUGAGCUUCCAUGCGGGCGGAGGGAACGUUGGGGACGGCUCCUGCGAUAUCCCCCUGCCUGACUGGGUCAUCAAGGAGGUGGAUGACGAGAUAUUCUACACAGACAAGCGCGGCGGCCGCGACCACGAGUGCUUGUCACUGGGCUGCGACCACGAGCCUGUUCUGGCCGGCCGCACCCCCCUGCAGACCUAUGCCGACUUCGUCGGCGGUUUCGCCGAGCACUGUAAAAAGAACGACCUCUGGGGGUCGACAGUGACGGAGAUCUGUGUGGGCACUGGGCCCUGUGGCGAGCUGCGGUAUCCUUCCUACCAGGAGAAGGACGGCAAGUGGAGCUACUUCGGUGAGACUCUGGGCGGCAUGGGAGACCUGCAGGUGCAGAGGGGGCUGCCGGGGAUCGGCGAGUUCCAGUGCUACGACAAGUUCAUGAUGGAGAGCCUCAGGCAGGCGGCCGAAGAGGUCAAUGAAGAAGAAUGGGGUGACCCGCCGAGGGAGGGCGCCGGCACUGCCAACUCAGCACCGUGGGAGACGGAGUUCUUUGCCCUCACAAACUCUGGAGGCUGGCUGCAGCCGUAUGGCAAAUUCUUCAUGGAGUGGUAUUCUGGGCGUUUGAUACAGCACGGCGCUGAUAUCUUGGAUGCUGUGCUGCCGGUCGCGCGCGCCUCAAACUCAUCCGACAAUGGCAGCGCCCCCACGGUGGCGGGGAUUCACUGGUGGUACAAGUCCCGCUCGCAUGCAGCGGAAAUGACCGCAGGUUACUACAACCAUUUGAAGCGCGACGGCUACGCACCGAUCGCCAAGAUGCUGGGCAAGAAAGGCGUGGGACUCAGCUUCACCUGCAUUGAGAUGUCCGACGAUGAGAAUCCCGACCCGCGCCACUGCAGCCCAGAGGAGCUGGUGAGGCAGGUGAUCGCUGCUGGGGAGGGCGAGGGGCUUCAGGUGUUGGCAGAGAACGCGCUGGAGGGAGGCAUCUACAACGCAGACGCCCUCAACCGCAUGCUUAAGAACUCCAAGCACUUCCAGCGGAUCACGCUGCUGCGGCUGAAGCCGUACAUGUUUGAGCCGGAUGAGGAGGGAGAGACUGGCAUGCGCGUCAAGCAGCCUCUCGCAAGCUUCCUCGGAAAG